AUGCUGGCGCCGUCCCGGUUUACGACCCUCAUUCCCUCUCUCUUCGUGCUCCGACCCAGCCUCGCCAUGAGCAGCGCUACCGGUACCGUCACCAUCCAUCAGCCCCUCAACUACCGGGCGGGCGCCCGCGUUCAUCCCGCCGACGGAGGGCAGGCUGAGGAGGUGUAUGAGCCGGCCACAGGUCGUGUGAUAUGCAAGGUGCUCUGCUCUGGGGAGAAGGAGGUUGAUCUGGCUGUGCAGAGUGCAAAGGCUGCCUUUAAAAUAUGGAGUCAGAUGUCUGGCAUGGAGAGAAACAGGGUGCUGCUGGAGGCUGCCAGAAUUAUUCGGGAGCAGAAAGAAGAAAUUGCCACCAUGGAAACCAUCAACAAUGGGAAAUCCAUCUUUGAAGCCAGAGUGGACAUUGACAUAUCCUGGCAAUGCCUGGAGUAUUACGCAGGACUAGCAGGAUCUCUAGCUGGUGAACACAUCCAACUUCCAGGGGGAUCCUUUGGGUACACUCGGAGAGAGCCCCUCGGGGUGUGUGUUGGGAUUGGAGCCUGGAAUUACCCUUUCCAGAUUGCCUGCUGGAAGUCUGCCCCGGCCUUGGCUUGUGGCAAUGCAAUGGUCUUCAAGCCUUCUCCCUUCACCCCCGUUUCAGUGGUGAAGCUGGCAGAGAUCUUCACAGAGGCUGGUGUGCCCAAGGGGCUCUUCAACGUGGUGCAGGGUGGAGCAGCCACAGGCCAGUUCCUCUGUCAUCACCCAGAUGUGGCCAAAAUCUCUUUCACUGGCAGUGUGCCAACUGGCAUCAAGAUCAUGGAGAUGGCAGCUAAAGGCAUCAAACCAGUCACCCUGGAGCUGGGAGGCAAAUCCCCCCUUAUCAUCUUUUCGGACUGUGCCCUAGAGAAUGCUGUGAAUGGAGCCCUCAUGGCCAACUUCCUUACACAGGGUGAGGUGUGCUGCAAUGGCACCCGGGUAUUUGUGGAGAGGAAGAUACUGAAUGUCUUCACAAAGGAGGUGGUGAAACGCACACAAAAAAUCAAAAUUGGAGACCCACUUCUAGAAGACAUGCGGAUGGGAGCCCUCAUCAACCGGCCCCACCUGGAUCGUGUCCAGGGCUUUAUCAAGCAGGCAAAGGAGCAGGGGGCAGAGGUUCUGUGUGGUGGGGACCUGUAUGUUCCAGAUGACCCAAAACUGAAGAAUGGCUACUACAUGCGACCCUGUGUGUUAGGGAAUUGUACAGAUGAUAUGACAUGUGUGAAGGAAGAGAUCUUUGGGCCUGUCAUGUCCAUUCUGCCAUUUGACACAGAGGAGGAGGUUGUGGAAAGAGCUAAUGCCACCAAAUUUGGCCUGGCAGGUGGAGUCUUCACCAGGGAUAUCCAGAAGGCUCACAGGGUAGUGGCUGCUCUCAAGGCUGGGAUGUGCUUCAUUAAUAACUACAACAUCAGCCCUGUGGAGCUGCCUUUUGGAGGAUACAAGGCAUCAGGAUUUGGCAGAGAGAAUGGACGGGCAGCCAUUGAGUACUACUCGCAGCUGAAGACUGUCUGUGUGGAGAUGGGUGAUGUGGAAUCAGUGUUUUAGUGGCUCUGGGG